UAAGAGAGGUAACUACAGCAAAGUAAAAAUAGACUACAAUGGAGCACACCUCACUGACUAAACACAGUGAUGCCCUGUAGCCUGAGAGCAACCGUGUCAGACAGACAACCCGUUUUGUUCAAGACGGCUGGAAUAUGCCAAACGAUUGUCAGACUGAACUGGUGGGUCUGCUGCUGUUAUUUCUGGCCUUGUUGAUGUCUAUGUGUCUCAAUCUGUUCUUCUGCAUCAGACAAAGAGCCUAUUUUUGCAGAGACAAAGGCAAUUGCUGUUACCCAAAGAAUUAUGAAGGAGGAGGCCUUUCACCGGAUGUAGGCAAUUAUUUUCAUGACCUCAAUCAUCACGAGCAGCAGGAAAAUCCCCACAAUGAUCAUGAGCAACAGGAAAAUCCAAUCUAUGGCAACAUCAGCACAGACAGAAGAGGUUCAGGUCGUGUAGAGGUUUGCUAUGAGAUGAUGACCAUGCAUCGUUUGAAGCCUUUAGAGCCUGACCUCAAUUACGCCUCCCUUGAUCUGAAGUUGGCAAAGAAACGUAAGAAGAAGCAUCGCCAUCAGCAAGACCAGACUCAGAGCCGAAGCAACCGUAAGGAUCAGCUGCCUGUUCAACUCACGCCGCCCGUGAAUUCUUUCUUGGAGGUGGAAGGAGACGUGGACGCUCACCUUCCUUCCAGAGACACCAGCACCAUGGUCUCACACAGUAGCAUCUACCUGAACAGUCAACAGAUAGCCCAAGAGACAGAGGAGAUGGAAAGAGAGAGGGGCAUAAACAUGGAGAGGGAGAUCACAGGAUGGGAGGGGAUGAAAAUGCAGGAGGAUGAGGGAAUUAGAGAAUGGAAAGGAGAGAAAGAGGGUGAGGAAGGAAAAGAUAGACAAGGUGUUGGUAAUGGGACCGUGUGUGCACAGCUUUCAGACUUACAGGCUAUUCAGAAUGGCACAGAUCAAUAAGCACAUAUCACAUUAAUACUUGCUGUUUCAAACUGUUCAGAACUUGAUUCUAGGUCACCUGGAAAUGCGAAAUAAAGAUAUUAUCUAUUA